UUUGUGGUGUAUAUAUAUAUUGAGAACAUAGAUGAUGGAACGGGUGUGUUUGUUAUCUAUCGUCAUUUCAAUAGCAAAGGCUGUGCCACAUCUUUGAACUCUCUCGAGAUCUCAAAUCACUUUCAUGGAGCAAAGUAAGGAGAAAAAUGCUCCUUGGCUAUCAGUGCCACAGUUUGGGGACUGGGAUCAGAAGGGACAAGUGCCAGACUACUCUCUGGAUUUCUCUAAAAUUCGGGAAAUGAGGAAGCAAAACAAGACAAAUAUUUCAAGGGCAAGUCUUGGUAAUGAAGAGGAACUGAUAUCUGCUACCACUAACAAUACAAACACUGUCGACAGUGAGCACCAGCAUCCCCACUACCACCAAACCAACUCUCCAACUACAAGGAGGAGCUUCCUGAGCUACUUCAACUGUUGCGUAAAAGCUUGAUACCGAAGGGAAUGUACAACAUUUUCUUUUCUGCCGAGCGCCGUGGACAGGGGACAUUUAUCGUUUUGCGCUUGGUCAUCAUUACCUCGCACUUGUUUUUGAUUUGGGAAAACAAAUCUUUCAUGUAAGUCUUAAUCUCCAAUAGGUGAUUCUAUAUUGCUUGCGUUGUAGUUUGAAAUUUGUGUAUCAAUUAGAGAUGAAGAUGGUAAACAUGUAAAUUGCCCUCAGGAAUCUUGAAUUUGUACUACCUGUUCCAAAAUUUGAUGAUGAAUUAAUCCAGCUUCCAGCACAGUAACGUGUUGAUCUUGAAAUUUCA